AUGGCAUCUGUCCCCCUCCCAGGUGACCGGCUCCUGCAGGUGGAUGGAGUGAGUCUGUGUGGCCUCACCCACAAGCAGGCUGUGCAGUGCCUCAAGGGUUCUGGGCAGGUUGCAAGACUGGUCUUAGAGAGAAGAGGCCCCAGGACCACACAGCAGUGUCCGUCUAUUAAUGGCAGGAUGGGAGAUGGAGGCACGGCUGUUUCCUUGGCAACAGCCUUGCCUGGCAGGCCUGCGAGCUGUGUCUCAGUGACAGAUGGUCCUAAGUUUGAAGUCACUCUGAAAAAGAAUGCCAGUGGCUUGGGGUUCAGCUUCAUGCAGAUGGAGAGAGAGAGCUGCAGUCAUCUCAAGAAUGAUCUUGUGAGAAUUAAGAGGCUCUUCCCAGGGCAGCCGGCGGAGGAGAACGGGGCCAUUGCAGUUGGUGACAUUAUCCUGGCGGUGAACGGACGGCCCACAGAAGGCCUCGUCUUCCAGGAGGUGCUCCAUUUACUGCGAGGCGCAUCACAGGAAGUCACGCUCCUACUUUGCCGACCCCCUCCAGGAGCACUGCCUGAGAUAGACCAGGGAUGGCAGACAACCGUGCUCUCGGCAGACAAAGAAUUCACCAGGACAACCUGCACUGACUCUGAGCAGAGCCCCAGUCUGGAUCAAGAGGAUGGGCGGAGGGACAGUGCCUCCCCCGACGAAGGGGAAAGCCUGGGUCCCAGGCCAGAGUCCUUCCAAAAGGCCACCGGCGAGGCACAAUGGGACCAGGAUGUAGAGAGACCCUGGGCCACUUCCUUGAUGCGUCCUCAGGAUUUCCCCCCUCAUUUAUGCAGACCUCACCAAGAAAUGGAUGCCUCAACCUUGGUCACCUCUUUGGAAAGGGAUAUGAGGCAAAACUGCUAUUCGGUUUGUGAUAUCAGGGGGCUUGAAAGAUUUUCCUGCUCACCCUCUCUAACUAGGCUUUCGACAGAUGUUUUCUGA